GAGUUAUUUCCACCUGCUCCCGCUCAAAGUUAUUAACGGCUAAAUUGACGCUUUUUGAAACCACUACAGAGUACACACACCCAGUCUGGCAAACACUGAUAUACAAACAUUGUGUUAUCAAAAUCCUCGCUGAAAGCCAGUCGCUGGUGAAGAGUGCAAAAAGUUUAGUUCUUUUAGUGGACUACAGUGUACAACAUCGUGUGAAGAUGGGCCCCACGCUGCGCUUAUUGGUGCUUAUUAGCAUAACAGGAUGUGUUGAACCGAUCUCCGUCAGCACUCCGCAGAAACACGUCAACGUUACAAUAGGUGAGAGUGCCCUGCUCCAAUGUACGUUUGAGUCGACCGACCAGACCACAGGUCUCACCAUCCAGUGGGACUUUGUUUCACCGCCCUCCAUGACGCCACAGCAGGUGUUUUACUAUCAGAAAGGACAGAAUGUCAUCCCAAGUCCUUACAAAGGCAGGAUUCAGCCUCCCCCCUCCCCCGGCCCGACCAAAAACGCUUCAAUAACAAUAAGCAACAUGCAACUCUCAGAUGCCGGAGUCUACACUUGUCAGAUUCACAACUUUCCUGAUGUGGUGGGACAGUCUGAGGCAAAUAUCGUUGUGAAUGUUCUUGAGAAGCCCAGUUCUCCUUAUUGCUCUGUCCAUGGUGAUGUUGAAUCGGGUCACUUGGUCACUCUGACCUGCCACAGUGAGCGUGGGAGCCCUAACCCAAAAUACACCUGGAUCAGACUGGAUCAGACUAAGACAAGGAGGCCUGUACUGGGAAGAGCAACCGAAACUGGAAUAUUGGAAAUCAGAAACAUAUCCCAGUUUGAGUUUGGGGAGUACCUGUGCACUGCUACAAAUUCGGCCGGAUUUUCAACAUGCACUCUAGAGCUGUUUCCUGAAGCGAAAGACGGAGUGAUUGCUGGUGCAGUUAUCGGCGCGAUGCUCGGGUGCGUCCUGAUCAUUCUGGUUGUGUGGUUCAUUGCUCACACUCUGAAGAAACACAAAUACAACAUGGUCAAAAAAUCAGAGGCCAAUGAGAUGAAGAGGAGCUCUCCUCAGGCCCAGGAAGCUACAGAUAGCGUUACCCUGGCAACCCCAGCCAGCAACCUCCAUGCUGAGAGAGAUGAGCCACAAGCCUAAAAUAAAGGCCUGUUGAAAACAACUGGAGCGACGUCACUCUUCUGAACAACAUGGUGUCCAGGAUGAAUUCAUCAUUCACAAAUUGAAUCAAUAUUACAAAGCGGACGUUUCAUGUAGUAAUGAAGCUAUUAUGCUCUCCACCCGUUCAAUCAUUAACACGUCUUUAACGUGUUGGUUUGUUUUUACUUAAAAGGUGAUUUUGUGAUUUUGUAAUCAUACAGUAUAUGCUACAUAUUAGAAGAAACCAAUUUAUUGUAUGAAACAAACAUUUAAAGAGUAAACUCAAGGGUAUAAUUUGCACUAUGCCAAUAAUCAGUAUGAUUACCUUACCUACGUAAUGAAAUUAUUGUGUUUACGCAAAAAAGAAAUGUUACUCCUACAUUCAAAGGAUUUUAUUUGAUAAAACAUCUUCAAGCCUCAAUAGGACUACUAUUUGCAGUCUAAGAUAAGAGUCACCUCUUAUCAGAGCAGUCAAGUAACUCUCCCUCUGUGUUUGUAGUAAUCAGAGCUUUUUGCUUUAUUAGCUGGUUAGCGCUGUUAGCUGAACCGCUAGCUCAGCCAUUGCUAUGCUAAGCACUUUGGAGAGCUAAUAGAAACGCUCCCAGUUUUGUAUCACCUGUCAGUUUGACAAUUGCUAUGUUUCAUUUUUUAAUUUAAUGGAUAAAUUGAUUUUACAAAAUAACAUCCCAAAGGAAUAAAUGGAUUCACAAAUCCAUUUUUAGUUCAUCUUCUUUAAUGCAAACAGUCAAGCAGUUAUGGAAGAAGCUUGAUUACGUAAUGGCAUCCUGAGAUUUUGAUUAAAUAAAAUAUGGCGUUUGCUGAU